CAAUCCGCGUGCUGGCUUCCGGCCGCAUCGACUGAAGAUCAAACAUCUCGCGACGACUCUUUUCAUAAUUCCGAUUUUUAACUGCAAUCGGGCUUUUCCUCCUCCAAGAUGUCUCGAGGGUCCAUCGAAAUCCCUCUGCGGGACACAGAUGAGGUCAUUGAGCUUGACUUCGACCAACUUCCGGAAGGCGACGAGGUCAUCAGUAUCCUGAAGCAGGAGCACACGCAGCUGCACAUAUGGAUCGCCUUGGCGUUGGAGUAUUACAAGCAGGGCAAAACGGAGGACUUUGUCAAACUUCUCGAGGCGGCGCGUAUCGACGGGAACCUGGACUACAGAGACCACGAGAAGGAUCAGAUGACCUGUCUGGACACUCUGGCAGCUUACUACGUGCAGCAGGCGCGCAAAGAGAAGAACAAAGAUGCCAAGAAAGAGCUCAUCACGCAGGCCACGCUGUUGUACACGAUGGCAGACAAGAUCAUCAUGUACGAUCAAAACCAUUUGCUGGGAAGAGCUUGUUUUUGCCUGCUGGAAGGGGACAAGAUGGACCAGGCCGACGCUCAGUUCCAAUUUGUCCUCAACCAGUCCACCAAUAACAUCCCCGCUUUGCUUGGCAAGGCGUGCAUCUCCUUCAAUAAAAAGGAUUACAGAGGAGCGCUGGCGUACUACAAGAAGGCGCUGCGUACGAACCCCGGCUGUCCAGCUGAGGUCAGGCUGGGUAUGGGCCACUGCUUUGUCAAGCUCAACAAAUUGGAGAAAGCUCGCUUGGCGUUCGGCCGCGCCCUGGAACUCAACCCCAAAUGCGUGGGAGCCCUCGUCGGCUUGGCCGUGCUCGAGCUCAACAACAAGGAGGCUGACUCCAUCAAGAACGGAGUGCAGCUUCUGUCGCGCGCCUACACCAUCGACCCCAGCAACCCCAUGGUGCUCAACCACCUCGCCAACCACUUUUUCUUCAAGAAGGACUACAGCAAAGUGCAGCAUCUGGCUCUGCAUGCUUUCCACAACACGGAAGUGGAGGCCAUGCAGGCGGAGAGCUGCUACCAGUUGGCUCGAUCUUUUCACGUGCAGGAGGACUAUGACCAGGCCUUUCAGUAUUACUACCAGGCCACACAGUUUGCCUCGUCCACCUUCGUCUUGCCCUUCUUCGGCCUGGGACAGAUGUACGUUUAUCGAAGAGACAAAGAGAAUGCAGCCCAGUGCUUUGAAAAGGUUUUAAAGGCCUACCCGAACAACUACGAGACCAUCAAAAUUCUGGGCUCCCUAUACGCAACGUCCGACGACCAGGAAAAGCGAGACAUUGCCAAGGGUCAUCUAAAGAAAGUAACAGAGCAGUACCCGGACGACGUGGAGGCCUGGAUCGAGCUGGCCCAGAUCCUGGAGCAGACCGACAUCCAAGGGGCUCUGUCUGCGUACGGCACGGCCACCCGCAUCCUGCAGGAGAAGGUGCAGGCGGAUGUGCCCCCAGAGAUCCUCAACAACCUGGGGGCGCUUCACUUCCGACUGGGCAACCUAGAAGAAGCCAAGAAAUACUUCCUGGCGUCUCUGGAUCGGGCCAAAGCCGAGGGCGAGCACGACGAGCACUACUACAACGCCAUUUCCGUCACCACCUCCUACAACCUGGCGCGUCUGUACGAGGCCAUGUGCGAGUUCCACGAAGCGGAAAAGCUUUACAAAAACAUCCUGAGAGAGCAUCCCAACUAUGUCGACUGCUAUUUGCGACUCGGUGCGAUGGCGCGUGACAAAGGCAAUUUCUACGAAGCUUCUGAUUGGUUCAAAGAGGCCCUGCAGAUUAAUCAGGAUCACCCAGACGCCUGGUCCCUCAUCGGGAACCUUCACUUGGCCAAACAGGAGUGGGGGCCGGGUCAAAAGAAGUUUGAGCGUAUCCUGAAGCAGUCGUCGACGCAGAACGACACCUACUCCAUGCUGGCUCUGGGCAACGUGUGGCUGCAGACCCUCCACCAGCCCACCAGAGACAGGGAGAAGGAAAAGAGACAUCAGGAUCGCGCCUUGGCCAUUUACAAACAGGUCCUGCGAAACGAUGCCAAGAAUCUCUACGCUGCCAAUGGAAUCGGUGCCGUCCUGGCCCAUAAGGGCUACUUCAGAGAGGCCCGGGACGUGUUUGCGCAGGUGAGGGAGGCCACGGCCGACAUCAGCGACGUGUGGUUGAAUCUGGCUCACAUCUACGUGGAGCAGAAGCAGUACAUCAGCGCCGUGCAGAUGUACGAGAACUGCCUGAAGAAGUUUUACAAGCACCAGAACACGGAGGUGUUGCUCUACUUGGCGCGGGCGCUCUUUAAAUGUGGCAAACUUCAGGAGUGCAAGCAGAUGCUGCUAAAGGCACGCCACGUGGCGCCCAACGACACAGUGCUGAUGUUCAACGUGGCCCUGGUGCUUCAGCGGCUCGCCACUCUGGUGCUCAAGGAUGAGAAGAGCAACCUGAAGGCUGUGCUGAGCUCCGUCAAGGAGCUGGAACUCGCUCACAGGUAUUUCAGUUACCUGAGCAAAGCUGGAGACAAGAUGAGAUUUGACCUUGCGCACGCAGCAUCCGAAGCCAGGCAGUGCUCCGACCUGCUGAGCCAGGCUCAGUACCACGUGGCGCGGGCCAGAAAGCAGGACGAGGAGGAGAAGGAACUCCGGGCCAAACAAGAACAAGAGCGCGACCUGCUGCGCCAACAGUUGAUGAAGGAGCAGGAGGAGAAGAAGAGCCGUGAGGCUGAGGAGCAGAAGAAACUGCUGGAGCAGAGAGCUCUGUAUGUGGAGAAGACCAAAAACCUGCUCACCUUCGCAGAGGGCGCCUCAAAGGAGAAGAGGAAGGGAGGUGGAGGACGUCGCAAGAAGGGCGGCGACAUGGACGAGUUUGUCAAUGACGACUCCGACGAAGAUCUGCCCGUGAAGAAGAAGAAGAAGAGGGCAGCCAGCGGGAGCGAGCAGGACGAGGACGAGGACGGCGAGAAGAAGGCCCGCCGGAAGAGGAAGAAAGCGGCGAGAGGCGACGACAACGACAGCGACGACGAGGACGGAGGAACUCAAAUCAAGAAGCAGCGCAAAACCAAAGAGCGCAAGAGGAUCGAAAAGCCUCAGCUUGAGCGUCCUCCGCCUUCUCUCAAAGGGAAGAUCAAGUCGAAGGCAAUCAUCUCAUCCUCCGAGUCUUCAGACGAGGAUGGCCUGAAAAUAGCAGAGGACAGGAACCAAAGAGAAAGCGGUUCCGGAUCCGACGAUGACAACGACGGCGACCACAGGAAGCGGAUCAUAUCAGAAAGUGACUCGGACGCCGGGAGGAACCGCUCCGGCAGCGAGGCGGGCAGCCCUCAGCGAUCCGUGGGCAGCCCCCGGCGCUCGGCGGGCUCCGACGACAACGAUGGCGACUCUGGUAGCGAUCGUCCGGGGAAGAAGAGGAGGGUGCAGCGGCAGUCCGACUCGGACCGGUCGCCCCAGCGCUCGGCGGGCUCCGACGACAACGAUGACGACUCUGGUAGUGACCGUCCGGGGAAGAAGAGGAGCGUGCAGCGGCGGUCCGACAACGAGAGCAAGAGGUCGGGAUCGGACGAUGAGUCCCGGCCCGGUUCCCCUGUUGUGGCGUCUGAGCGGGAAUCGGAACCGGGUUCUGACAACGAGGGCUCUCCACCCCGCUCUGACAACGGAUCGGAACCCGCGGGCUCCGACAACGAUGAUGACAGUGAUUAACGAUCUAACUAACGAUCCCCGUUUAUGGCAACAAUGACACCGAUUAAGAUUGCCCAUACUGAAAAUGAGCUUAGAAAAGUCUUUAUUUUUUUUUAUUUUUUUUUGUGUACCGCAUCCAUCCACCCAUUUUCUGAGCCGCUUUUCUGGAGCAGGAGGCGGGGUACACCCUGAACUGGUUGCCAGCCAAUCGCAGGGCUUGUACAGCAUUAUCAUGUCUUAUUCUGUCAUGUCGAAUGACAAAGAAAAGAAUGCUUCUCACUUUUCCACACUUAGCUUAAGUUUUUAAUCCAAUGAGGAGGGAAGCAGCACUCUCACUCCACUCUUGCCUUUGGUUAAACCACACCGAAUAUGCGACUAGUCUCUGGCCCUGCCUCAGCCCCUGGCAACUGAAUUCUGGCCUGUUUUACUGCCCCUUCCUCCACAUGGUAUCAAAAAAAUAAGUUAUAGUAAAAUUUGGAAAAUGUAAAAGCCUUGAGUCAAGAUUUAAACAUUAUGCGCUCAACAUGUUUGUAUGUUAUUUUUUUUUUCUCUCGGUAAGGUCACAUUCCAAAAACGUGCAUCUUGGGUUCAUUAAAGACUUUAACAUUGC